GAUUCCUUUGUAGGGAUGGAGACUUCCCUGGUGAUUAAAAAUUCCCUGGGAUUGCAACCUCCAAGCCAGACAUUUUGUGUGACACAAACUCAAGAACUCCCCAAGUCCUGCAGUAGCAGAAAUAUUCAGAUACUUGAGAGUAACCCACCACCUGAACUUGGGAACAUUUCAGGGACAGCUCCAGUCCAGAGUGCCAGUAGUCUCCUGGCCCUGCCUCCAGCUCCAAGCCAGGGACAUAUAGAGAGUAACAACUUGGAGGAUAUUAAAACCAAGCUUUAAAAGCCUCUGGAUGCCUACCAGAUCCCAAGAGAAAACCAAGAGCCUCCACUAUUCCCUUUAGAAAUCCUUGAUAUUCACCAGCUCCUGGCCUGCACUGAUCCCCUCAGCCAAGAGGAGCAGCCUGGUUCUGAAAAUGCUGAUCUGGGAAAGAACAGCCUGAGUCUUGAGGACCUAGGGACACUUGAAAAUGGGGUGGAAUCUAGCAGUGGUUUUGCAGACAUUACUGCACUGGCGGAGGAUAUUCACCUUCCCCAGCUCUUUAAUUCUUUGAAAGAUCUUAAUCAAUCCAAAGGUCCCAACGUGAUCAAAGCCAAAGACACCAGAGACAUUAAUGUGAAUCAGGUGCAGGAAAAGCCAAGUGUCAUAAAGGUUCCCUUUGAUCAACCCAGGAAGAACAAACAUAAAGCCUCUGAGCCUAUCAGUGGUGCUCCCAAGGCCAAAAUCCAGCCCAAGAAUCCAGAGUGCCUGUUAGGGGGAGAAGUGGUUCUAUGCAAUGCUGCAGUCAGUGACAGGGCUCCUGUGAACAGGCCCAAGCAUUCUAAAGGCAAACAUCAGAAAGCUGCAUCCAGAAAGAUCAGCAAAACUAAGAGCCAUGGGCAGGAAAAGACCGAAAGGACCAGAGGAAGAAAGAAGAAUGAAGAGAAUAAGCAGUCAGGGAACAAAGUCAAGGCAGAAGAGAAGCCAACAAUUCCCAAGACGAAGCAAAAGAAACACCAAACUGAGCUUAUCCAACAGAGCUUUAAAAAGCCUCGGACCUCCCAAGGCAUGCACAUGCUGGAGUCUGUGAUGGUUUUUCAUGCACUGGGGAAGAAGACUGAUAAGAAAACUGGGCUCUCUUCCUGUCGGGUCUUGGGAAAUUCAAUCAACCCUAAAGACCCCCAGCCACCCCCAGCGAUCCAGCCAUGGCGGCAUACCCCACAUUAGGGUAAGAGUCCUGAGAAAACUCAAGGCAAAGCACAGAAACCAGAGAGCAGUGCUGAAAAAGAGUGUCCAUCUCCAUCCCAGUCUGAGCUGCUUCCUCCUGGGAAGGUCAACUUGAUACCUCUGCCUUUUUCUGCCUGGGACAAGCCUCAAGCUCGACUUGCUCCUCGGAGGCCACAGUCUCUGGCCUCACACCGGUCUGCUGGGGCUGACCGUACCCAGCCUGCUUCUACUAACUCGGCUCAACCUGCUGCAGUCAGUUCACCCCAGCCAGCUCCUCCCUCUUUGCCAGGUCCCGCCAAACCAGCUCAGCCAACUGUGACCAACCCAGCCCAACCGGGUUGGACCGACCAUACCCAGCCUAGUGUCCGUCAGUCUGCUGCUCCUAGGCCUGCACCCUACAAAACUUCAUCUUGCGCUUCUCUCCAGCGGGAGCCUGUUCCCCCUGCUGUGACUAAGCGCCAGUCCCCACCCAAGCUCCAAACCGCAUUUCUACUCCAAGACUUCAGCAAGCAACGAAUUCCAUGGAGGGAACCCAAUGUUCCUGAGCCAGUAAUGUCAAAGCCCAUGGAACAAGAGCAGAGGCCAGAGCGGGAGGCCAUGAGGAGGCGGGCUCAACAAGAACGUUAGAAUGCUGCCAAAUACACCUCUUUGGGGAAACUGCAAUUUUUCAUUUAGAGGGAAAAAGAAAUGGAAAUUACUGACUACUAUGGAUAUGUAAAGUAAGAGCUGCUAGGAUUGUCGGUGCCACCUUGGGUACCAGCUGUUUUUCCAUAUAUAGAUAAGAUAGGUAUAAAUUUCUCUAUUUAUUUUGAUAUAUUUUAAAACAAUAAAACAACAAAUAAAUGUAAUAGAUGAGUAAUAAACCUUUUGAAUUUUGAGAUGCUGCUAACUGUGGCAUGGUUUUUUGUUUUGUUUUGAUUUGUUUUUGAUGGGGUUGGAAUCAAAGUCUGCAUGAGAAAGGAAAGACUGAAAGUUGGAUGGGAGAAGGAAGGAAAGGGGUAUAAACUGAGGAAAGAGGAAGGAACUUGGCCCAGGGCUAGGAAAGCCAAAAGAGAUUUAUGGAUUUAUGAAAGGAAGCAUGAGUGAGAAAUGGCAGAAGUAAAAAGCAGGGUCAGAGGUCAGGGUUGAAAGACCAAAAUUUGAGUAGAGUUGAAGAUGACAGAAGAUGAGUCUAGGUUUACUAGGAGCAAUAGAAAAAGUCUCUUGGGGAGGUUGGCCUUAAGUCUCACAACCACCAGAUAGGUAUUGAAGAAAACAAGAGGUUCAGGACACAUCUCUGAAAGGUUUGAGUUGCCUUAUGCAGCUGUGAUUAUAGUGGGGGAAUAGGGAAAUCUACCAGAGAUGUGGCUAGGGCUCAGAGUUAUCCUAGGGGCAGCUGACGACAGGGGCAGAGCCAAGGGAACUGCUGCAUCAGGAGGCCCACCGAUAGGGCCUGGUAUGUAAAUCACCAUGUAC